AUGAUGCGGCAGUAUUUCUGCCGCAGGGCAUCUAUUUCGCACAAGCUUGCACAAUGCUGGCCAUUAAGAGCUCGCGGCCUCGCGACACAGGCCCAGCCUUAUGCUCCGUCACGCUCCCCACCAUAUCCCAAAAUUCUAAACAAUUUCCGUGAGGUACGACGGGUUCUGGGAACUGAGCGAUCUCUCACUCUGGCCGAAAAGAUCCUCUAUUCGCAUCUCGAUAAUGUUGAAGAGUCUCUUCUCUCCGACACCCUGAAUGGCAAAAACAUCCGUGGCCAAGCCAAUCUGAAGCUGAAACCAGAUCGCGUUGCAAUGCAGGACGCUUCGGCGCAAAUGGCUCUGCUGCAGUUUAUGUCCUGCGGACUCCCCUCGACUGCUGUCCCGGCUAGUAUCCACUGUGACCACAUGAUUGUCGGUGAGAAGGGAGCUGAUGUCGAUCUCCCCUCAUCAAUCCAGGGGAAUAAAGAAGUAUUUGAUUUCUUGGAAUCUGCUGCGAAAAAAUAUGGCAUUGAAUUUUGGCCGCCUGGUGCGGGGAUUAUUCAUCAGACUGUUUUGGAGAACUAUGCCGCUCCUGGCCUGAUGAUGUUGGGUACGGACAGUCAUACGCCGAAUGGGGGUGGAUUGGGCACCAUUGCCAUUGGAGUUGGUGGCGCGGAUGCUGUUGAUGCGCUGGUUGAUGCGCCUUGGGAACUGAAGGCGCCAAAGGUGCUUGGUGUUAGGCUCGAGGGCAAGCUGUCUGGUUGGACCGCGCCGAAAGAUAUUAUUUUGCAUCUUGCUGGGAAGUUGACGGUUCGUGGUGGCACUGGGUUCAUUAUUGAGUACCACGGUCCUGGUGUUGAGACGUUAAGUUGCACUGGAAUGGCCACCAUUUGCAACAUGGGUGCUGAAGUUGGAGCAACCACUUCGCUUUUCCCCUUUUCACCAAGCAUGGUGCCAUAUCUACGGGCUACUAAUCGAGGUGAUAUCGCUGAAGCUGCAACGGCUAUUGCAUCGUCUGGUCCUCAGAACUUGCUACGCGCAGAUACUGGCGCGGAAUAUGAUCAGCAUAUUACCAUUAAUCUCUCUACCCUCGAGCCACACAUUAAUGGCCCGUUUACUCCCGAUCAUUCCAUACCUCUUUCCUCAUUUGCACAAACAGUUAGGGAGAACAAAUGGCCUGAAACUUUUGGUGCCGGUCUUAUUGGGAGCUGCACAAACAGCUCCUAUGAGGACAUGACUCGUGCAGAGGAUCUUGUCAAGCAGGCCUCCGAAGCCGGUCUGAAACCGAAAGCGGAUUUUUUUAUCACUCCAGGAAGUGAGCAGAUUAGAGCUACCUUGGAACGCGACCAGACGCUGAACACUUUCUCGUCUGCUGGGGGAACCGUCUUGGCCAACGCCUGUGGGCCUUGUAUCGGUCAAUGGAAACGGACAGACGGCGUGGACAAAGGCAAAAGCAACGCAAUCCUCACAUCAUACAACCGCAACUUUCGCGGGCGCAAUGACGGAAACCCUGCAACAAUGAACUUCCUUGCAUCCCCAGAAAUUGUCACCGCAAUGUCAUAUGCAGGCCGCACCACCUUCAACCCCAUGACCGACUCCAUCCCCACCCCGAGCGGAAAACCUUUCCAGUUCCACCCACCAACCGGCUUCGACCUCCCCAGAUCAGGCUUUGAGCCAGGGAACCCAGCCUUCCAGCCUACCAUCGCACCCCCAUCUCCCACCUCACCCGUCGUGAUCUCCCCAACCUCAGACCGCCUCGCCAUCCUCGAACCCUUCCAGCCCUUCCCACCAAACAACCUCACCUCUCUCCGUGUUCUCUACAAAGUUAAAGGACAAUGUACGACCGAUACCAUCUCCGCCGCCGGCCCGUGGCUCAAAUACAAAGGCCACCUCCCCAACAUUUGCGCAAACACGCUGAUUGGCGCCAUCAACGCCGCCACGGGCGAGACAAACGUCGCUUACGAUCUCGAUGGCAAAACCUACUCAAUCCCAGACCUCGCAGCCAAAUGGAAGGCAGCGGGAACCGAAUGGCUCGUUGUCGCAGAAGAUAACUACGGCGAGGGCAGUGCUCGUGAACAUGCUGCUCUGCAACCACGGUACCUGGGUGGCCGCAUCAUUGCCGCGAAGAGCUUUGCGCGCAUCCACGAAACGAAUUUGAAGAAGCAAGGUGUUGUGCCAUUGACGUUUAAGGAUAAGGCUGAUUAUGAUCGGAUAGAUGCGUGCGAUUCGGUUGAUACGGUGGGUCUGUAUGAGGUGUUAACGAGUGGGGGCCAAGGGGUGGUGAGGUUGAGAGUAACUAAGAAGGAUGGUAGUGAGGUUUUUGAGAUACCAAUGAAGCAUACGCUGAGCAAGGAUCAGUGUGGUUUUAUACUUGCUGGGAGUGCGUUGAAUUUAUUGGCGAAGAAGGCCAAUAAAUCAAAGUGA